UCCACGAAGAAGACUAACAUCUUUGACAUGGCUGAAUCGGAGCGGCAGUCAGGAUCCCUUCCUGAGGAUGAAGCACUUGAUGUCACAACAACUUUCAUGGUUCCGAAGAAAGAAAUUACCAUGGUACCUGACAUGGGCAAGUGGAAGCGGUCUAAGGCUUACGCUGACUACAUGGGAUUCAUUCUGACUCUUAAUGAAAGUGUGAAGGGAAAGAAGCUAACAUGUACCUAUAAUGUCUCUGAGACAGUGGAAAAGUUACUCAAUCUUUUGGAGACUCUGGACCGGUGGAUAAAUGAGACCCCCCCUGUUGACCAGCCUUCUCGCUUUGGUAAUAAAGCCUUCAGAACCUGGUUUGCUCAAUUAGAACAGGAAGGAGAAGCCUUGGUGUCAGCAGUGCUACCUGCUGACAAACAAACUGCGGCUCCAGAGAUAGCAGUCUACCUGAAAGAGUCUGUGGGGAACUCCACCAGGAUAGACUAUGGAACAGGUCAUGAAGCUGCUUUUGCUGCAUUCCUCUGCUGUCUUUGUAAGGUUGGAGCUCUUAAAGUAGAUGAUCAACUGGCAAUAGUUUUCAAGGUUUUUAACAAAUAUCUCUCAGUAAUGAGGAAGCUUCAGAGGACCUAUAGAAUGGAACCAGCUGGGAGCCAAGGUGUAUGGGGUCUCGAUGACUUCCAGUUUUUACCUUUUAUAUGGGGUAGCUCACAAUUUGUUGAUCACCCAACGCUAGAACCUCGCCACUUUGUUGAUGAGAGGGUGGUAAACGAACAUCAGCAUGACUACAUGUUUCUGGAGUGCAUCAAGUUCAUAAAUGAGAUGAAGACGGGUCCAUUUGCCGAGCACUCCAACCAGCUGUGGAACAUCAGCGCUGUUCCUUCUUGGUCUAAAGUCAACCAGGGUCUAAUUCGAAUGUACAAAGCUGAGUGUUUGGAGAAGUUUCCAGUGAUCCAGCACUUCAAAUUUGGGAGCCUGCUGUCAAUCAAGCCAUUAAACCCUUGACGCUCAUCGACGAAUCCAAAAUCCCAGCACAUCAGAUCGACCUUUUCCCUUACAUCAAACAUCAUGUCGUGGAUUUACAGCACUGCAGAUGUGAAAUGCAGUCAUGAAUGGUUGUUCGAUCUCACAUCGACAUGCAACUUGAGUGUUCGGACCAUAUGUUGACACCUCCAGCGUCUACAUGCAUCAGCACCUACACACACAAGAACGGAACACACCCUUUUUGGAAUUAAAACAAUACAGUCUUGCUCACUCCUGUUAUCUUCCAGGCUAACCAAAUAGGAAUAAAAAGGAUGUGAGGUCCUUCAUUGGUGCACUCCCAACCACAUCCAGAUGUCUAAGUCAAGAGAAAUGGAUUGUGCUUGCAUUGGCUUGAGAGUUGAAAUUUUGUGGCCUGAGCACUCAAGUUGUGUAUUAGGAGUAAAAAGGCUUAAACCGUCCAGCUGUUGUGAAUUUGUUGUUUUCAGAUGUUUCUAUUGUCUUUUUAUUUAUAUCCGGAUUGACAUUGGUUCAGAAUGUUUUGGAGGAGAUAAAAUUUUAUUUUAUUAAUGAAUGCUUGAGUUGCCUUCAGAUUUGUAUCUUUUAGAACAGGAAAUGCAAGAGAAUAGUGAAUAUAGUCGAUGGUUUGAAUAUAUAACAUUAGUUUGUCAGUUUAUAUUAAAGAAAAAGUACAUAAAAGGUAGGGCUGAAGAAACUGUUCCGUAAUUUGCUUGUCUCACCCUACCAGUCCAAAGCGUCUUUUUUUUUUUUUAAACUAUUCAUGCCUCAUAAAAUUGAUUAUCUCUAUUUCAAAGUUUUGAAAUGAUUAACAGUUGAAAAUACCCUUCUUGUGUUUCUUGUGCUUAUUUUUGCAUUAACUUGUCUGAUUUAAUAAACUGCACCAUCCUGUCAUUUGACUGAAUGUAGAGUAGUAACUAGGCAGACAUUUUUUGGUUUGUUUGUUUUAGAAUUUGUUGACAUAAAUGUUGGUUCUGGUAUUGGCUAACUAUGAAAAUCUGUGUCUUAUUUACGGGGAAACUGAAUGUUUGUGUCUACAGCAUGGACCACAUGCACAGAACCGGAUUGAC